AUGAAGAAGGUGGGCUAUUGGCACCAUGUGAUGCAGCAAUCAGUCGCUAUUCCUGCAGCAGAAUUGGAUGCGAUGGUUGCUGCAAGCAUGAAGGAUGUUGAUCCCUCUGAUGAAGAGGAUGAUGGACCUGUUGAUCCAGAACUUCUUGAUGAAUUAGCUGCUCUGACUUCUGAGGCAGAUGUUCCCCAGACCCCAGAUUCAACAGUUGGUGACACCAUGACAAAUGACUUGAUCAAGAAAGCCCAAGCAGGGCAUGUGAUAAAUGAAGAUGACAUUCCGCCUCAAAUUUCAUUGACCACAAGACCACCUGCUGCUGCUACACAGCACACUCCUGACACUGCUCCAGAAGGAAGGAUGGCAGUGAAAGCAAAGGAUGGAAGAGAAGGAGAUGCUGAGCAUCAGGUACCAAUGAGAGCAGCGCCACCUCCUCCUCCCCCCAGGAAGAAGCCUGCACUACCACCUCAGCAGACUAUGGCUGUAUCAUCUGAUGCUGCUCCCUCACAACACAGCAUUCAGAGUCAACCUCAGAUGCUAAUUGCCCCAUCACAAUCCUCAACACUGUCUGAACCACCUGCAGCAGAGGUUCUUCUUCCUGAAGUAAACAAAGAGAUGCUUAGUCUUCUACUCAAAAGGAAAGAAGAGUACAAGGCAGCAGCUAUCAGAGCAAAGAAAAAUGGCGACAAUGAAACUGCUGUUCAAAUGAUGAGAAUCAUGAAGCAAUUUGAUUUUGUCAUGGCGACUGCAAAGGAGGGGAAGGAAGUUGACCUGUCAGACAUGCCUGGGCCCCCUCCAGAGAUAAAACCAAUCCAGAGAGAAUCUCCAGCUAUAAGUAAACCAGCCAAAGCUGGUUUACCCCCACAUGAACCACAAGCUCCCUCAAUUGCAAUUAAUCCCCCAACAUCAUCUGAGUCCUCUUCUAAGGACCCUGUUAAUUGUGAUGAUGGAAAUCAGGGAAGCCAAGAGUCACAGGUAUUCACUGGUCCUCCUGCCCCCAAGACUGUCUUGGAAGCCCUUGAGCAACGCCUGCAGAAGUAUUCAGAAGUUGGAGAAGCAGCAAAGAAAGAAGGAGAUUUAAGGAAAGCUCGACGAAUGGGAAGGAUUGCAAAGCAGUAUGAAGAUGCCAUUCGUCUCCACAAGGCUGGGAAACCCAUUCCAUAUGAUGAACUGCCUACUCCACCAGGUUUUGCUGAUAUUCCCCGUGAGGGAGUUGAACCUGGUUCAGCUGCUACAAGUGUUCCUGGAGAAACAGGAACAGGAUCAAAUGCCUCAGCAUAUAUCUCUUCUGGACCAGAAGAAACUUUGGAAGUUACAAGUGAGUCUUUCAAGACGAGUCCAAAGCCAAGUCCAAAACCAAGUCCUAAACCAAGUCCUCGAGGUUCACCUCAACCUGCAGUGAGAGUUUCUGCACCUUCAAAACCUCCUCAACCUCCUCCAAAGCAGAAUGUUCGGAAGACUGCCUCUUCGAUGCAGGAGAAGCAGUUGGCUCUUGUAACAAUGAGGCAACAGCAGUUCAAGCAAGCUGCAUUAGAUGCUAAGCGAAGAGGAGAUAUUGCUCAAGCCAAGGAGUACCUUCGCAUCUCCAAAGGCUUUGACCCACUCAUUGAUGCCUCUGAAUCUGGCCUUCCAGUGGACAUCGCAAGUAUGCCAAUUCCUCCUCAGGAUGCGAUAGACAUCGACUACGUUGUGGUAAACAGGGAGGAUUGUGCACCCGUGGAUAAUGCUUCCCCCAGUGAAGAACUUUUGGAGAAACUCAGAAAGGACCUCAUGGAUCAAAUCGAGAUAUGCAUCAAGAACAGAGACAAUUUCAAGGCUAUGGGAGAGGUAGCCCAUGCUAAUCGGUUCACCACGAUGGGUAAUGAACUCUGUCGAGAUGUGGAGUUGGUAAAGCUGGCUUCCAAGAGAGGCCAGAAGCUCCCAAGCUUCCACUACGAGACGAGGGUCUUUUCCAUCAUUCAGUGCUCCACGGACCUCGGAGACAACGAAGUCGAGGUCACCGUCAUUCGUGGCAUCAAUUAUAGUGUGCCAAACCCAACCCAAGUGGAUACUUAUGUGAAACUAGAGUUCCCCGUCCCCACCGAGGAGCCUCCCAAGGCGAAGACGGGCCUAGUCAAGGACACGAACAACCCUGAAUACAAUGCCACGUUCAAGUUUGAGAUCAAUCGCAAGUCGAGAAGUUUGCCGAGGAUCUUUCACAGGCAUGGUGUCAAGUUUGAAGUCUGGGCCAAAGGAAGUCUUUUGCGGAGUGACUCCUUGAUCGGGACUGCCGUCUUGAAGCUGCAGCCUCUCGAGUCGAAGAUUACCGUCCACGAAGCCUGUGAUUUGAUGAACGGAAGGAAGCCCGCGGGCGGGAAGCUGGAGGCGAAGGUGCGCCUGAGGAACCCGAUCCACGGGAAGCAGGUGGAGGAGGUCAAGUACAAGUGGCUCGUGAUCGACCACGUCUGACCGUCCCCCCCGCUGCCGGGUGAGUGCGGUGGCGUCCCUCCGCGUGGACGUUCGUUACGUUCCGUUGUAUCGAGACCAUUGGUGAUUCCGGGAGUCUUAAUGGUGGGGCGUAAUGAAUGUGUGGAGAUGGAAGUCCCCCUGAUGAUGCCCGAGAAAAAAGUAGAUGGAUUGCUAUUAUGUCGUAUCUAUGGAAUGAAGACGUUUCUGCACGCAAGAACUGGGCCUUUUUUUUC